UUUGUAAAAUUAGUUCAUGAGAGUAUAAAUUGUGUGAAGGAGUGUUCUUCGGUGUUCGAACCAGCUUCUUCUUCUCUCUGGAAAGCAAAAGAUAGACAUGGCGUCGUCACCAGAGACUGAGCACCCUGUUAAGGCCCUCGGCUGGGCGGCAAGAGACUCUUCUGGUCAUCUCUCUCCCUUCAACUUCUCCAGAAGGAAAACAGGCGAUGAAGAUGUUAGAUUUAAGGUUCUGUAUUGUGGCAUAUGCGAUUCAGACCUUCACAACCUCAAAAAUAACUGGCGAAGAACUUUAUACCCUAUGGUUCCUGGGCACGAAAUUGUAGGAGAAGCCAUAGAAGUCGGGAGCAAGGUUCAAAAGGUAAAAAUUGGUGAUAAAGUCGGUGUUGGGUGCAUGGUUGGUGCAUGCCACUCCUGCGACAAUUGUCUCAAUGAUCUCGAAAAUUACUGUCCUAAAAUCGUACAUCCCUUUAACAAAAUUGACCUUGACGGAACCAGAACAUAUGGAGGUUGCUCGGAUCAUAUGGUUGCCAAUGAACGUUACAUUAUCCGAUUUCCCGACAACAUGCCACUUGAUUCUGCUGCACCUUUACUCUGUGCUGGAAUUACAGCAUAUAGUCCAUUGAAAUAUUACGGAUUGGGAUCACCAGAUAAACAUAUAGGUAUUGUUGGCCUUGGUGGGAUCGGACAUAUGGCUGUUAAAUUUGCAAAAGCCAUGGGAGCUAAAGUUACAGUCAUUAGUUACUCAUCUGCCCAAAAAAAUGAAGCUCUGGAACACCUUGGUGCCGAUUCAUUUUUGAUUACAAAUGAUCAGAAACAGAUGGAGGCUGCUAAGGGCACUUUGGAUGGUCUUCUUGAUACAAUUCCUGUGGUUCAUCCCAUUAUGCCAUUGCUUGAUCUAUUGAAGCCUCAUAAACAACUAGUGUUACUUACUGUACAAGAAUAUAAGCCACUGGAGUUCACUGCCUUUCCUUUAAUGUUGGGAAGGAAAGGAAUUGUUGGCGGUGCCAUUGGUGGAAUGAAGGAGACGCAAGAGAUGGUUGAUUUUGCAGCCAAACACAAUAUAAAACCAGAUGUCGAAAUAAUUUCAACGAAUUAUGCGAACACGGCUAUGGAACGUAUAGCUAAGAGUGAUGUUAAAUAUCGAUUCGUUAUUGAUAUUGGCAACACUUUGGAAGCGACAAAGCCUUUAACAUAUUGAACUAUUUGCGGAUUUCGCCCAUAAUGUUUCCGAAUUUAUUUCCUAAUGUAUGGCCUAAAUAAACUCCAAACUAAGCAAUGAAUAUUGUAAUAUUGGCGAUUUUGUUACGAUCGCUUUUACUAAGAUGCAAUUCAAAUUAUAGUCAA